AUGGUCCUGUCAUUCAUCAUAAGCGUUCUCAUCCUGCCCAUAAACUCCUACCAAAUUGAACUCUAUAGGUUUACGGAAAGAAAAGUUAUGAAUUUCCGCUCAAAUACUUAUUUCGCAGUUCCAGUAGACAGGGGCGAGGUUUGCGCAAAAUGCCGCAUGAACCUUACUUACUUACUUAUACUUAUACUUAUACUUAUAUGGCUCGUCCUCACUCAUGUGCGAGCACCAGCAAAAACCAUUCGCUUCUGUCUUUCGCGAUCGCCAUCCACGGUAGAGUCAGGAUUCGAUGAAGAUGGCCGCAGCUGUUUCACGCGAUCGACAAGCACAUCCCCCCCCCCCCCCCCCCCCCCCCNCCCCCCCCCCCCCCCCCCCAUCUCGCAGCAGACCUACUCUUAG